GCUUACGGCUGGGCCAGGCAACCGCUCAACCGCCUGCCUCGGGAGUUGGGGGCGGGGGAAGGGAGAGUCCGGGUCUGCGAGGCGAGCGCCAGAGCCGAGCUCCGAGGCUUCCUCUGACGGCUCGGCCGCCGCCGGUCCUCCCCUCGCCAUGGCGUCCGCUCUGGCCGACGUGAGCUGGAAAGUGCUGGAGCUGAGGGCCCGUUCCAAGCGUUCAGCUUAGCCUGAGACGUUUGUGAUUAGCUACAGAGCUUGAAAUGGCCACUUUGGAUGCUGACAGAACCACCUCUGCCCGUGUAUUCUCAUGGUCUGGUUCUGUAUAUGAACCCCUUAAAAGCAUUAACCUUCCCAGGCCAGAUGGAGAAAGUCUGUGGGAUAAGCUGGAUAAUUACUAUCGGAUAGUCAAGUCAACAGUGUUACUUUUCCAAAGUCCAACCACUGGCCUCUUUCCUACAAAAACACUGGGUGACAACCAAAGGGCAAAAGUACACGACAGUCUUUACUGCGCUGCCUGCGCCUGGGCCCUGGCACUUGCAUACAGGCGUAUUGAUGAUGACAAGGGAAGGACCCACGAGCUGGAGCAUUCUGCUAUAAAAUGUAUGCGAGGAAUUCUCUACUGCUACAUGCGCCAGGCUGAUAAGGUUCAACAAUAUAAGCAAGAUCCUAAGCCAUCCAAAUGCCUCCAUUCUAUUUUCAGUGCCCACACAGGUGAUGAGGUCUUGUCCCACAAGGAAUAUGGACAUCUUCAGAUAAACGCUCUGUCGUUGUUCCUCCUCUACCUAGUUGAGAUGAUAUCAUCUGGUUUGCAGAUUAUCUACAAUACAGAUGAGGUGUCCUUCAUACAAAACCUUGUAUUUUGUGUGGAAAGGGCAUAUCGUGUGCCCGACUUUGGUGUGUGGGAAAGAGGAAGCAAAUACAACAAUGGCAGUACUGAACUGCACUCCAGUUCUGUUGGGUUAGCAAAAGCAGCCCUAGAAGCAAUUAAUGGAUUCAACCUCUUUGGCAAUCAGGGUUGCUCGUGGUCUGUCAUAUUUGUAGACCUUGAUGCCCACAACCGGAACAGACAAACUCUUUGCUCAUUACUUCCCCGAGAAUCAAGGUCCCAUAACACUGAUGCUGCCCUCCUGCCCUGUAUUAGCUAUCCUGCCUUUGCUGUGGAUGAUGAAGCUUUGUACAGCCAAACAAUUGACAAGGUGGUUAGGAAGCUGAAAGGAAAACACGGAUUCAAACGGUUUUUGAGAGAUGGCUAUAGGACUGCAUUGGAGGACAAAAAUCGACAAUAUUACAAACCAGCAGAAAUUAAGCUCUUUGAUGGGAUUGAGUGUGAAUUUCCUCUCUUUUUUAUUUUCAUGAUGAUUGAUGGAGUCUUCAAGGGUAACACUGAGCAAGUCAAAGAAUAUCAAGAGCUUCUGGAUCCAUUGCUACAGCAAACAACAGAAGGCUUUCCUGUUGUACCUAAGUAUUAUUAUGUGCCAGCUGACUUUGUUGAACUGGAAAAGAAAAAUCCUGGCAGUCAGAAACGAUUUCCCAGCAACCAUGGGCGAGAUGGAAAAUUCUUUCUCUGGGGACAGUCACUUUAUAUCAUUGCAAAACUUCUUGUUGACGGUUUAGUAAGUGUUAAAGAUAUCGACCCAGUGAAGCGUUACAUACCUCCCCAAGAUCAACGGAAUGUUAGCAUGAGAUACUCAAAUCAGGGUCCUCUCGAAAAUGACCUGGUGAUCCAUGUCGCGUUGAUUGCUGAAAGCCAACGCCUGCAGGUUUUCUUGAACACAUAUGGAAUCCAGACACAGACUCCUCAGCAGGUUGAACCCAUCCAGAUAUGGCCACAACAGGAGCUUGUGAAAGCUUACUUUCAUCUGGGGAUCAAUGACAAACUGGGACUCUCGGGAAGACCUGACCGACCAGUAGGCUGCCUUGGAACAUCAAAGAUUUAUCGAAUCCUUGGCAAGACUGUUGUUUGCUACCCAAUAAUCUUUGAUCUAAGUGAUUUCUUCAUGUCUCAGGAUGUGAUGAUGCUGAUUGAUGACAUUAAGAAUGCUUUGCAGUUCAUUAAACAGUACUGGAAAAUGCAUGGCCGCCCCCUUUUCCUUGUGCUUAUUCGGGAGGACAAUAUAAGGGGAAGCAGGUUCAAUCCGAUACUUGACAUGCUGGCCAGUUUCAAGAAGGGAGUUGUUGGUGGAGUAAAGGUUCAUGUUGACAGGCUACAGACAUUAAUUUCUGGAGCAGUCGUUGAACAACUGGAUUUCUUAAGAAUAAGUGACACAGAAGAGGCUCCAGAAUUUAAGAGUUUUGAGGAGCUUGACCUCCCAAAACAUUCAAAAGUAAAGAGACAAACCAGCACACCACAGUUGACUGAACUGGAACAACAGCCAGAUAUUAAUGCUAAUGACUGGAAAAACAGGCCGACUUAUGAGAUUCUUCAGAAACUGAAUGACUGCAACUGCCUAGGAAGCCAAGCAAUUCUGCUGAACAUUUUGCUCAAAAGAGAAGGCCCGAAUUUCAUCACCAAGGAAGGUACGGUCUCUGAUCAUAUUGAAAGAAUCUAUCGGAAAGCUGGCAGCAGAAAGCUCUGGUCUGUUGUGCGCUUCGCAGCAAGUCUUUUAUGUAAACUAGUGGACAGCCUUGCACCGUCCAUUACUAAUGUUUUAGUUCAGGGCAAACAGGUAACUCUUGGGGCAUUUGGCCAGGAAGAAGAAAUUAUAUCUAAUCCCUUGUCUCCUGGUGCAAUUAAGGACAUCAUCUACAACAAGUGUAAUUUGCAGGAUGAGAGGGAAGCUGUUCUUCAGCAAGAACUUGUCAUUCAUAUUGGCUGGAUCAUCUCCAACUCCCCAGAAUGUUUUAAUGGAAUGCUGAAGAUCCGAGUGGGAUGGAUUGUGCAUGCCAUGAAGUAUGAACUGAAGAUCCGUGCAGGGGAGAUGCCCCCCAUGGAUUUAUACCAGCUGUCACCCAGUGAGGUGAAGCAACUUCUCUUGGAUAUUCUUCAGCCUCAGCAGCAAGGGAGAUGCUGGUUGAACAGACGUCAGAUUGAUGGUUCAUUGAAUCGAACUCCCAGUGGGUUCUAUGACAGGGUGUGGCAAAUCUUGGAGAGAACACCCAACGGUUUAAUAGUAGCAGGGAAUUUUUUGCCACAGCAACCAACAUUGUCAGACAUGACCAUGUAUGAAAUGAACUUUUCCCUUCUGGUUGAGGACAUGUUAAAGAGUAUUGAUCAGCCUGAAUACAGGCAAAUGAUUGUAGAGUUGUUGAUGGUUGUCUCCGUUAUUCUGGAAAGAAACCCUGAAUUAGAGUUUCAGGAUAAAGUGGACUUGGACGGACUGGUGAAAGAAGCAUUUCAUGAUUUCCAGAAGGACCAGAACAAGCUCAAGGGCACCGAGAAACAAGAUGACAUGACUCCCUUUUACAACACUCCUCCGCUGGGAAAGAGAGGGACUUGCAGCUAUUUGACAAAGGCGGUGAUGAAUCUAUUGCUGGAAGGCGACGUGAAGCCCAGCACAGAUGACCCCUGUUCUAUUAGCUAAAAGCAGGUGGACAGGAUGCUGUAUCUUUUAGCAGUCUCGUUUGCUUGGCAUGUGAUGUUCAAUUCCUCACUGUACAAGGGAUGCCAUUCGGGUCCCUGUUAUAAAUGGCCGCCGUGACAAAGCUCAGACACUUAGGGUAGCAAAAGCACACAGCUGAUUCUGUAGUAGCCGAGAAGCUCAUUUAAUCAAGCGCCGUAUUCCUUUCCUACGUCUCCAAUGGCAACCUGCACUCUCCACCUAAGCACUGCGGUCGCGAGUCGGCAGAGCAAUUGCAUGAAUCGGCUCGUGCUGAUUGAGACUUUGGAUGCUUUAGAAAAAAUUAACGGGGCUUGUAUUUAUAGUUUAAGCAUUGCUUGGGAAUGAUUGCAGUGAUAAAUUUAUUUAUGUAAUAGUGAAUUAAAUGUGCGCUGAAAAAUUUAUCAGCUCUCCCCCUUCAUUUGUAUUGUAAUUCAUUAUUGAAAGGCUUCAUUAUGAAUACUGGAUGAAAUACAGGCAUAAAUUUUAAAAAUAAAUGAGCGCCGUGUUUGAAGUUGAGUUACUUGUUAACUCCAAGAAGAUAACUGUGACUUUGGAUCUGAGUGCUCCCAAUGAAGCUCAAGGAUAAAAUAAAAGAACUGUGUUCAAUAUA